CUCAUCGGGGAUAGGCAAGCAUGGCAUUUGGCGCUCCCAAGAAACAGCUGUACGGUGAAGCAGUUUGUUCCCUCUGCCUGGAUUUAUUCCAAGACCCAGUGCUAACCCAUUGUAGGCACAACUUUUGUCGAGCUUGUAUCAUCCAGCACUGCCAGGAGUCUCCAGCUCCGGCUUUGUGUCCCCUGUGUAGAGCCGCUGUCAAGAUGAGGAACUUGAGGCCAAACCAACAACUGGCAAAAAUUGUGGAAACCAUCAGGAAAGCCAAGAGGGGGGAAAGGGGAGAGGGAAGAAAGGGAGUGUGUAAGAAUUUCUUCUGCAAGAAUGACCAAGUCCUGAUUUGUGUGGUGUGUGACACCUCCAUGGAGCACUGGGGGCAUGAUGUGGUUCCCAUGGAGGAAGCUGCCCAAGAAUAUAAGGACAAGUUUGAGGCCCUCCAACAAUCUCUGGAAAAAAAGAAAACAACUGCCAUUGAGUGGAAACUGGCUGAAGAGGAGAAGAAGCAAACAUUUUUGACACAAAUAAGGUUGGAGAAGGAUGAGAUCAGGUCUGUUUUCAAGGAAAUGCAGAAAUGUAUUAAGGCAAAAGAACGCCUUUGGCUUGACCAGCUGAAAGAAAUGGAGAACGAGACUGAGAAAAGCUGGGAAGAAAAUAUCAUCCGUCUGUCAGAAGAAAUUGGUCGUCUUAGUACGUUGAUCUCAGAGAUGGAGAAAACGCGUCAGCAGCCACCAAUCAAAUUGCUGCAAGACAUUGGAAGUACUUUGAAAAGGUACCAAGAGGGACAACUGAGACAUGUGGUUGACCUUUUUCCAAGACCUGAAAAAAGACUUAGAAGUUACUCCCAGAAAAGGCCAGCUCUAUUAAAAGCCAUGGAAACAUUUGACGAGAACCUGAAGGAAACAUUUCCCAAAGAUUCAGCAAAGGAAGCACAGAACAAAGUGAAUGUGAUUUUAGAUCCAGACACAGCACAUCCCUUCCUCAUCCUGACUGAAGGUUUGACCAGUGUGAAGUGGGAGGACAGAUACCAAGACCUGCCUGACUGCCAUACAAGAUUCAACCGGGAAUUCUGUGUGUUGGGCCAAGAGAGAUUUGCUUCAGAAAGACAUUGGUGGGAGGUGGAGGUGGAGGAAGAGAAGGGGGCAAUGUGGGCCCUGGGGGUCGCUCGAGAGUCUGUCAGGAGGAAGGGGAUUUUCAAAUUUACUCCAAAUGAAGGAAUCUGGGCUGUGGGGAAGAGGCCAUAUGACUCACCUUCACCUUGUCGGCUCUCCGUCUUAAACUCUCCUGAGUGGGUCCCUUUAAACUUGAGCCAUGAGCCUAGGAAUAUCCGUGUGUCCCUGGAUUUUGAGGAAGGCCGGCUGGUAUUUUUAGAUGCAGAUACAAACAAGUUGAUCUUUGCUUUUUCUUCAGUUGACUUCCGUGGGGAAAGGAUCCAACCCUUUUUCUGGGUGGGGUCGGGGGUCCAGUUGAACCUCUGAAUACUGAGGGUAAUCUGUGUCAUUGUCAUUCUCAUUCUGCUUCCCAUUCAGCUCUGCAUCCUAUUCUUCAACAAUUAUUUAACUGUGCAGAUUCAGUCAUCCCUACAGAUUUCCUUUUUUUACUUUUGCAGAUUUGAUUAUUCAUGGAUUUGAAUCAAAUGUUUUCUCCAGAAAUCUCUAGGUCAGUGCUUCUCAACCUUGGGUCCCCAGAUGUUUUUGGCCUACAACUCCCAGAAAUCCCAGCUAGUUUACCAGCUGUUAGGAUUUCUGGGAAUUGUAGGCCAAAAACAUCUGGGGACCCCAGGUUGAGAACCACUGCUCUAGGUCUUCCAGUAUGACUGUAUGAGCAACUUCUUCUGGUCAGGCUAAAGGACCUAGAGAUAUCUAGAGAGAACACAUUUCUAAGAAUCUCUAGGUCCUUAAAUGCAAUUCUGUGGUCAGCUUCCAAUGGAACCAAGACAUUCCUAGAAAGGUGUUCUCUUGAUAGAAAUUAAUAGCAAUGUAUUUAUCUGCAUUGUUUCACUUUCAUGGGGUUCCUCUGCCCCUAACCUCAAUAAAUGUAGAAGGUUGACUGGAUGCUUGACUAUUGCAUUUCAUCCUGCAUCUGAAGAAGUGAGUAGUACAAUGGUAAUAUCAUGUGAGCUCGUAUUAUGCAGUUUCAGUUACCCACAAAAACUCCAUCCAUGGAUAAGGGCAAGUUGAGUGGAACAUCAGGCCAUCCUCAGUAGGCUCCUGAAAGCCUCCUCUGCUUUGGGUGCCUCUCUCUGUCAACAAAGGAACUUGUCAUUGCUAAGAGAAGAGAUGGAAGUCUGGCUGUGCUUCUUCCACAGAGAGGGGAGUCCUUCUCCUUCCUCUGCAGAGAGAAACAACGGAAAUACCAGCUAUGUUUCCCUUCCUGGCAACCAAAAACACAGUUGGGCUUUGGCCACUUCUCACCACAGAAAAAGAUAGACUUCUUUCUCAUUGUAAGCACCAAAUCAAUCACUUUUUUUGUUUUAAAGGUCAAAUUAUGUAUCUCAAGAAUGAUUUAGCAAAGCAAGUUGAAAUUAUUGGAAAAAAAUUAUGUUGACUAAAGCUAGAAAAUAUAUUUUGAGAUAAUGUUUGAUAUUAUUGUGUUUAUUAUGUAAAUUCGUAUAGGUUUUUAAAAUAAAUAUGU